ACACCCCCUGGGCAAUGCAGCCUGCACGGCGGGGCCGCCUGUCCCUGGCAGGACCGAGCGCUCCUGCCCCCACCACCAACCCUCAAGAGAACGUCACAAGCAGCCCCUCCAUCUCCGGGGAUCUCCGGCUGCUCCAUACGAUAGAUUGUGGAGAUCAGCUUCUUUGCUGCCAGUUCAAUAAUGAAGGGACACGGAUUGCAGCAGGAAUACGCACUGGUACCAUUAAGGUGUACUCUGUGAACGAUGGGUCACUUCAUCAAGUUCUUGCUGACAGUGAGACUGAAGCCCUUGGGUUACCUGUCACCUCCCUGCACUUUAUGCCUCGUGGGCCUGCUCACAACGGGGAUGUCUUGCUUGCCACCUAUUCCGGCGGGAAAGUGAAACUGUGGCAUGUUCCCUCCCGCACCUGCGUGAGAACCAUAACGGAAGACCGCCAGACAAUGAUCGCCACUUUCAACCCUUCUGGCUCCAAGUUCCUCACAGGUGGAUCAGGGCCCGGGAUUUACAUGUAUGAUGCUCAGACCUGGGCGAAAUUGCAGACUUUUAGCCCAAGCUACUCCCCCACUGUGAUGGAUGGGCACACGUCCCGGGUAUAUGCCCUGACCUUCUUCCCAGACAACGAUGAACGAUUUAUCUCUGGAGGAUGGGAUGACACAGUGCAGUUCUGGAGCAUGCAGUCAUCAAAUUCCCUACGGCGCCUCUCUGGGCCUCACGUCUGUGGCGACGCCGUCUCGAUAGACAAAACUGGGACACAUAUCCUGACAGGCUCCUGGAGGAGGCACAACACCUUGCAGAUCUGGGAAGCUGAAACUGGCUCCAAGAUCAUGGACAUCCCAGAAGACUUCCGGGGCCACUCGCAGAUUUAUACCUGCCACUUCCUCGGUGUUGACCAUAUCAUAGCUGGUGGGAGCCGGAAUAACUUAUGUCGGCUCAUUGACAGGAGAAUCCUCAUGAGCACAGGGGUACUGAACGACCUGCCUGGAGGUGUCUACAGUACCCAUGUCAGCCCCCGUGGGAUCCUAGCUGCUACUUCCAACAAUAAUUUGUACCUCGCACAGACUCCAGUGAGACCUUGAGCCCUCCCCUUUCAGAAGGCUCGGCUUGAAACUCUCACCACAGAAUUAUGUCACCAACACCUUCCCAUCAUGCUCUGCUUCAAAUGAUUGUUGAAACCUUCCCAUCAUGCCCUGCUGAUUAAGGACAUGCCAACACGCCCGGCUAUCGUAUGAUAAUUCUCUGCUCUUGUGGACAAACAAAAUCAUGGUCUGCCACUGGAGACUAGAUGUGGCCAUCCCAGCAUGCUCUGCUUGCAUCAGCAGCUUCUCAUCAUGUUCUUCUGCUGGUGAUGAAUGCCCACCACGCUUGUAACCUUCUCAUCAUGCUUUGCUUCUGUGGAUGCCUUCCUGGUUUGAUCCAACGCCAAGCCUACGCCAGCAGUUUCGUCUUCCGUGCACCAUUUACUAGCACCAGUCUUUGCUCCUAGGGAAUUAUGACCAACCUCAUCAUUUCCCAAGACUGCAGCUACUUUCCCAUCAUCCUCUGCAGCAGCUGUGGCUAAUCCCAUCAUCCUCUGCUGCUGUGGGUCUGUGGUCUCGUUGACUGCUGCUGUCAUGCAGUUCAUGGGCUUGUUCAUGGGGGUUGAAACAUUUCCCAUAAUCCUGUAUUGUAAAGAAUCAUGACAACCUAACAAAAGAAGCCAAUCACUCUUUGGGACCAGAACCACCUUCCCAACAGAUGCAGAGAUGGGUAGCCCUUCGUGUUUCUGCAUUGAUUUGACAUCCCUGCUCAGGGGUUAAAAAUGAAAGUACAUUUCUCUCUCUCUCUCUCUCUCUCUCUCUCUCUCUUUUCCCCACAUCCCAGCUUGGCUACCCUAAAACACUGCCUUGGUGCCAAAUUAAACCAUCAUGGCUGGGUCUCUGUGUGUGUCCAGGACUCCUGGGUUCUUUGGGAGAAGAAUGGGAUCUGGGCCAUACAGGAGUGGGGUAGAUGGAAGUUAAGACUGCUGGGUUCUCUGAAAGAGGCCAAGAUUUCACCCACAAAAUUAUUUCCCCCAAUGGUGUAUGUGAAGAUAUAAUAAAGAAGACAGUGCCUCUG